GCGACAGGUGGAGCGCACUGCGCGCGGCGCGGGGCGCUCGGCCAUGGCCGCGGAGGGCGUAGAGCUCGAACCUGUGCCGGGGUCCGAGCCGGGUCCGCUGUGCUCCGAGCACGGCCGGCCUCUGAGCUGGUUCUGCGGCUCCGACCGGCGGCCCGUGUGCGACGCCUGCACGGGGCCGGGCGGCCGCUGCUGGGGGCACCGCAUCCGCCGGGCGGAGGAGCGCGCGGAGGAGCUGCGGAACAAGAUUGUGGACCAGUGUGAGAGACUGCAGUUACAGAGUGCCGGCAUCAGCAAGUAUGUGGCUGAGGUCCUACCAGGGAAGAACCAGAGAGCAGUGAGCAGGGCCAGCGCAGCACGGGAACUGGUUAUCCAGCGGUUGAGUCUGGUGCGGAGUCUGUGUGAAAGUGAGGAGCAGCGGUUACUGGAACAGGUGCAUGGUGAAGAGGAGCGGACUCACCAGAGCAUCCUGACUCAACGAGUACACUGGGCUGAGGCGCUGCAGAAGCUUGACACCAUCCGCACCAGCCUGGUGGGCUUGCUCACUCAUCUGGAUGACGUCCAGCUGAUGCAGAAAGAGCAGGAGAUUUUCGAGAGGACUGAGGAAGCCGAGGGCAUUUUGGAUCCCCAGGAGUCGGACAAGUUGAACUUUAAUGAGAAGUGUACUUGGAGCCCACUACUCACCCAGCUCUGGGCAACAGCAGUGCUUGGGUCUCUCUCAGGCAUGGAGGAAGUGCGUAUCGAUGAGAAGACUGUCAGCCCCUUAUUACAACUGUCAGACGACCGAAAGACCCUCACCUUCAGUGCCAAGAAGCCCAAGGCCUGUGCGGAUGGCCCAGAGCGCUUUGACCACUGGCCCAAUGCCCUGGCAGCCACUUCUUUCCAGGAAGGGCUCCAUGCCUGGGUGGUAAACGUCCAGAACAGCUGUGCCUAUAAAGUGGGCGUGGCCUCAGGCCAGCUGCCCCGCAAGGGUUCUGGCAAUGACUGCCGCCUGGGCCACAAUGCGUUCUCCUGGGUUUUCUCACGUUAUGAUCAAGAGUUCCGUUUCCUGCACAAUGGGCAGCAUGAGGCCCUGGCGCUGCUGCGGUGCCCGGCCCAGUUGGGCGUGCUGCUGGACCUCCAGGCAGGAGAACUGCUCUUCUACGAACCAGCCUCAGGGACGGUGCUAUUCACCUUCCAUGCGUCCUUCCCCAUGCCCCUCUUCCCAGUCUUCGCUGUGGCCGACCAGACCAUCUCCAUCAUCCACUGACCUCCACUGAUCACAGGGAGGCCAGCUUCCCCUCCACACCAUCCUGGCUGACGAAGCCACAUUUCUCCCUGGAGUCCUUUCCCCAGUUGAUGUAUAGGGGGCUUCCUAAGGGAAACAGGGCCCCUGCUUAGUGGGCAGCUAUAGGAGCAGUGGGAAUCUGUUUCGGACUUGGCGUGGGGAGGGGAUUGUCCCAGCUUCAGUGUCCCUAGCCCACCAUACAUGUGCCCUUCCCCAAGUCUCUCAUUCAGCAGAUCGUGUCGUAUCGAGCAUGUGGAGUGCCCGGUGCAGAGUGAGUGUGCGGUGACUUUGGCAAGUGGAUGGAUG